CAGACUGCCUUAAGAGUAAGGAGGGGCGAAGGCGGGAACCGGCCGAAGCAAGCUGGGUGAGACAAUGGGAGGCAGGUCCGUAUCACUCAUAGGUGUCGUUAUCGUGGUGGUCACGAUACUUGUUGCAUUCACAUGGGCAGAAACGGCCAACGGAUCUCUCUCACAAAAAGUCAAGAUUCGCAGAGAGGGCCGUGAAUCGGAUAAGUACUGGUCCAAAGAUGUCGGCUUAACUGACCAGCAGUUACGGCAACUCCUGGCCAACAGCCUGACAAACUCAUACAGCACUGGGGAGGGGGAGAGUCAGACCCGGCCAGCCAAACCGGGCUAUCGCUUGUAUGGCAACCGCCUCAGCGACACCAACCUAGGGAUCGAUGGGAACGAGGAAGACGAGGUCGAGACCGAGGUCACGCCCAGGGGGUCUGCCCUGAGAACGAGCAAGCGGAACGGGUUCUUCUAUGGCAAAAGGAACGGUUUCUUUUACGGCAAGCGAUCGGGCUCGACCCUAGAGAAUGCAAAUCAAUGCACCCAAUGUGGGCCACAAAACAGUGGCCAGUGUGUCAUGUUCGGCACCUGCUGCAGCUACGCCGCCGGGGGCUGCUUUUUCAUGACGGAAGAGGCCCUGCCCUGCGUGACGUCAAAAACGUCAUCAAUAUGUCAGCUCCAAGGAGCACCAUGCGGUAGCGAUGGUUACGGCCGCUGCGUCGCCGAUUCCGUCUGCUGCUCGCCGCAAGAGGGCGCUUGUCAUGUGGACGUGGCCUGCAGCAGCAAGCCCACAUAUCAAUAAGACACACAGGAUAAGAUUAACCGGGGAAUUCAAUCGAUCAAUUGGGGUUGAACUUACAUUUGUUUAAAUAAACAAAUGGGAUUAUUUGGGAGCAUACAUCAAGAAGUCAAAACAAAUUAAUGACAACAACAGACAAAUGUUAAUUUUAUAGCGGCAACCAUUGUACGUAGUGUCAACUGUUCGAAUUAGACACGAAAAAUUAUUGUAUUGAUGUGAGCAUGUCUCUUACCGUUCCUUGAUAAAGAGACGAUAAAGUUUAAAAUGAGGACAGUACUUCAAAUAAUCGACUGACUUUAUAAAAGUUAUGACAGUUAGAAAUUGAAUAUAUGUCGUGUAACAGUCACACGAAGCGUCAAAAAAUUAUCCUUCGGAUUAAAAACAACAUUGUUUUAUUCAACUUUUUUCUUUUAUGAAAAAAAAAGCUAUUUUGAGCAAUAGAGGGCGCUAUAAGGACGCCAUGUUCGGGCUUCAAACAGUCGACGUAAGGUAUUGACGUAAGUUUCCUUGCUGCUACGAUUAAAAAAUUAUAUAUUUACAAUUUUUUAAUUACGAGGUUGAAGAAAAGUUGCUUAAUUGCUAAAAUAAACAUGAUGAUUUUACCGUAUGUGCCCACAGAACGGCGGCUUUACAACGUCCCCUUUCGCUCAAAAUCGGAUGAUUGUCUUUUGGACAAAUACAACAUGAGUACUAUAGCGUUUAAUCGUUGCGCCCAAACUACUUUAAGAAAACUAUUAAUCUUAAACUUACCAAACCAGUUUUUGCCAGUUUUUAUUCUCAAAUUUGACAUGUAAAAGGUAACGACUGACAAAAAACGUGUGUUUACUUAAGCGGCAGUUAAUUUUUUUGCAAACAAUGUAGUUUGUAAAAAUUAUCUUAGGAUAUAAGCACCAGUUGCAUUUAUUUCAAAGCAAAUGCAUUUCAAAACAUGCAGUUACGGUACAAUAGUGUCAUAAGUAUUAGCAAAAAUAUUCAUAGAUCGAAAACCGACGUCUUAGUAUAUUCGUAGAUUUGUUUUAACAUUGGAGUUACUUUUCGGACUUGAGUCAUUAUGUAACAAAAAAAUAGAAAAAUAUUGCCUGAUUUCAUAGCCAUUUUUUUAAAUUCUAGGCUUGGAAAGCAUAUUGCUUAUCUCGUACGAAGCACAUUUUUUCUUCUUUUUAGCAACAUGUGAAUACUUGUCACUGUACACCAAAUGUGACCAUAAGAAAACUGCGACAUUAAAACAAGGACCCAUGACAAUAAUUAUUAAAAUGCACAGAAAAAAAUGUAGCUUCAAACAAUUUGAAUAUUGUUGUCCUUAAUUAAACAAUAGGCCCGUAGGUUUGUGUUUACUUUGCACUACAUUUAGUUUGUGCUUUAGCACCAAUUAUUUUGAUUCUAACAAUUUUGGGGAUUUGGGGAAGAAGACAGGUGGCCACAAAAUUAAUGUCACGUGACCAACACCAGAAGGAUUUUCUCCUGGUUCAAAAUCAAGUUUGGCAUCGUUUUCCUUGACAUUCGAGAGUUGACGUAGGCCGCGCCUACGCUCGUAAAUAGACUACACCGGUGAACAAUUUACACAAUGCUCGUUAACGGUUUUUGGCUGCCUGACACACGAUUUAUCGAGAGACGUCGGGAAGUCAUCAGCUCAAGGAACCAGACUAAUAUUUUGAUUACAGUUUAACAGAUAUUCGACAUGUGCUAUGACUUUCAUUGCAACCGUAGUGACGACACCGUUGCAAUUAUAAAGAUGUAGUAACAUGAGUUUACGGUGAAUGGUUAGAAUAAAGACUUAAUGUUGACAUCUAAAAUUAAUAAUCGUAGCGUAUAUUUCGCUGUAUGCUAUUAGAAGAAUUUAAGUGUCCUUUGAUUAGAAACUUACAAAUGUACAUGAAAGUGUUUUAUUGUCCACAUUGAAGCAGAACGUAAUGCUGUACUUUAAAAUAUAUGCUCUUGUUGUUUUUUCUGACUGAUAUUGGGGUAAAUAAAAUUAGGGAGCGCUGGUUCCCUUUGUGCCAAUGUACAGAGCAUUA